AUGCCUGAUAAAUGGCCUGAUGGUUAUAGUGCUGAGAGUGCUACAAGGUAUUUACGCUCAAAGGAUAUCACACCCCAAGGUUUAGCAAACUUUUCUGAGGUAUUCACCAGUCAUGACUUCUCGGAGAAGGUGUAUUUACCCAACCGGAAUGAGUUUCUCUACGAAUUGCUUCUGGAAAGAAUGAGCAAUCUCAAAAACAGAGAUUUCAGAACAAAUGAAACUCUUUGGAAAGUGCUGAUACGAUGCUUUCGAGACCUCGUUGAAGCGAAAGCACAUCGUGUUGUAAGAUCCGUCAAGUAUACAGAGAUAAUAGUCGAGACAGCCAAGGAGAUAGCUUGGGAUGAAACUUUGCAGUCAGAAGGUCUAAUUUCAUCAUUUGUUGAAUCUGUUAAUCUAGGGUUGGAAUAUUCCUGUUUGCAACUUGGUGGUGACCAAAGCGUGGGUCUUCUCUCGAACAUGUUGAAGUGCUCUAUCGCUUUGUUUGAAAGGUCUUCUGCAGAUACAGCGAGGAGUAUAUUGACAAGUGCUAUUGAGCUUUAUCAUCUCUCGAACGGAGCUGUUUCCGGCUUUGGUCGAAAGACGCUGGAGUUGUUUUUGAAACAGUGUCUGCAAAGCAUAUUGAAGUUGUGGGAGAAAGAUAUAGGACAGCCUCUACAAGACUCACUCGACGAAGUUGUUCUGAAAACGGUUUACUGCCUUGAUUUACGUGACAAACUCGCUACUAAUCUGACACAUUUGGCUGGUUCUGAUGUCGCGAUUACCCAUCUGUUUGAGAUUGGUUUGGACCAUUCUGAUGUGGAGACCUCAGAGAAACUAUACACAGCCUUUGCUGCAACUUUCCCUGCCAGUUCAUGUGUGUUUCUGCAAAUAAUAUGCGAUAGAAGUCUCAUCUUUUCCGCAAAUUUUCUUCCCUCGAUCAUUGAGUCGUUCUUGGAAAAUUCCACUUCUAACUGUGAGGGGAUAAGAGUCUGCCUUCAGAAGUCUCCCGAGCUGGCUCCCACCUAUGCCAGCCAGAUACUUGCCCUUGUUGGUAAAAAUGGUACCGAAGUAUCUGAGGAGCUGUGUCAGACGAUAUUAAGUCUUAUUCUGAAGGGAUAUGCUGUUUCUAGGCAGUUCACGUCAUUUCUGGACCUUUGGUCCAUAGCCCUUGGGUCUUCGGAGACCGCUGACUUGGUCGAGAAGGUGAUAUCUGGAGAUGAAUUUGUGCGAAUUAUCGGAAACGAGUUAGUUCUGUUGUCCUUGACACAGUUGAGAUCUUUGCUAAGAGGUUUGAAACUGAGUAUAGACAUAAACGGACCUUCCAGGGCCAAUCAACUUCCAAUCAGAGCGUUGAUGGAGGGAUUUGUGCCUUCUGUUUCAGGCUGUUUGGAUCUCACCAAAGAGAAGAUGGUUAACAGCCACAUCGAUCUACUUGCAAAUGAUUUGAAAUUCAUUCUUGAAGUUGACAGUGGGUCUGAUGAUCUGUGGAGAACCAAGUAUCUGUUUUUGACUGUCUACGACUUUACGACGAUGAUACCUCACUGGGAAGCAGCGGUCAAAGUUAUGCUGAAGUCCAAAGCCAAAUGUGAACAUUUCUUCUACUGUAUGUUCAGAAUCAGAGAGGAAGUCGAAUAUGAUAUUGGCAAGCUGUUCUCCAAAUACCUCAAAUUUUUGACGUCUGAGACUGACAAUCAUAGUUUGAUAAAUGUGGCCAUCAAUAGGUGGAUUGUGGUAUUUGACCAACUCAUGUCUGAUGAUGAGUUGGAAAAGUUUGUGGCAAUAGUUUUUAAGUCCAAAAUCAACCUAUCUUCGAUAUUCGAGAACCCUUUGGCUCUGGAGCUUCCUCGCCUGAGCUCGCGGAUCAUCUCCAAUAUCAUCAAGUUGGCAGGUGAUGCUAGCAAGUCUGAGCAGGUACUUGGCCUGAUUGAUCUAAUUCCUCUGGACGGUUAUUUCAGGAGGCAGAGAGAAAGUCUCAUCAAUGCGUUGUCUGAGUUAUCUAUCUCUAUCGGAGUGGCUCGGUCGAUAGACAGGCUACUGCAAAUUCCAACUUUCCGUUCCAAGAUCGAGGCUGACGUGAAUGAAAUACUUCGUAUUGUGUCCGCUGCUGAGUCCAGCUCCAAGAAAAUAGUUCUCGCAGUUUUCGAAAAAAUAUGGACUCAUCAUUGCAGACAAUCUACAGAGGCUCAGAGUCAGUUGUAUAUCACAAAAAUGUUUGAGACCCUUGAGGAAGGACUGGCAAAGCAAAAGAAGAAAAAAAUUCUUGCGGUCGGCUCUUCUUCGCUUGCUGAGGUGACACUUGUGGUCAUCAGCAAAAGCGCAAUGUUGGGAACUUCGUAUUCCUCGGAAUUGACGAGAGUGUCCAAGGUGAUGUUUGACGCAAUUGGGUCUCAGCUGCAUAAGCCAGAAAAACUCACAGAGGAGCAAGUAGUGUGGCUUUUAAGCUCCUUAUUCUUGUUUUCAGAGGAGCCGGAUUUUCCAGAGGUUGCAGGCACGGUCACAAACAGUCUGGUCAAGAAAACAGAGCUCACCUUCAAUAUCAAGAAAAAGCUGUUUGCUAUACACUCUGUAUCUGCGAGUACCAAACAUCUCAUGGCGAUGUUUCUUGCGCUGGGUGAAGAAUCAGACAGUUUGGACGAGGACCUGGGCGUUUCCUUGAGCGGUCAUCUUACUCGUCUCUCUGCUCAGUCUCAUUUGAAGGCUUUCAAUUAUCUGGUUCACUCUUUGCAGGACGUGCAGACUGAAGAUUUGGCGAACUACGUCAGUUUGGUGGUUGCUUUCUGGUCUACAGCACAUAAAGCUGAUGCCGUUAAUGAAUACCACGGAUUAGUUGCACAGUCUCUCUCUACUCUCAUUCCAGCCCUUGAUCAAAUGUCAGGCCAUGUUGUUCUCAAACUUUUGGAAGGUUUGAAAACGCUUACGUCUAGCAGGACCUGGUUGGUUGCACAGUACUCUCUGGAGCUUAUACUCGCAGCAUCGUUCAAAGUUGGCAUUUCGCUAGAGCUUUAUGGCCAUUUACAUGCAGAAAUCAUCUAUUUGGCGCUUACUCAGGUUUUGUCCAACGUGUUUCUGUUCAACAGAUUCCGUCUAUCUAACCGAUACCAUGUGGUUGUGGCGUCUCUUCGCCCGCUACUCAAGCCACUGUUCUAUUCCAAAGACUCCACACAUAUCAGCGUUGCAUUCUCAAAAAAAUGCGCCCUUGCUUUUCAGAGACUUGUUUCGAACCUCUGUGAGCCUCCAUCGAAUAGCAACUUUCCUCGCCAGAACGGCACACAAUCCUCUCUCAGUGCUCCAGCAACCGUGAUGAAGGGUGUUUUGAGAAACCACUUGCCUAUUUUCCUGUUGAACUAUAUUCACCUUACUACUACCCGCUCUGUUAGCAAGCAGGUGAAAGACCAGCUGGAGGCUUCCAUGUAUGUGGUGCUUGACGUAUUAUCGCCCAAUGAACUGAUCCUCGUCAGUGCAUCUUUAGACUCAGCAGGCAGAUCAACUUUUAGAGGUUUGACUGAAAAUUACAGGAAGUUUGGAAAAUGGAAGGACGAAUGA